CCCCGCGCUGCCGCUUCGCCCCGCGCUGGCCGGGCCGCGCCACCCGGCUGCCCCCCUGCCCGGCGGCAGCGGGGAGGAUGUCGGGCAGCACGGCGAGGAAGGUGCAGCCCUUCACCAUCAGCACCAAGCUCUCGCUGCCCAAGUGUGCCGCCGACUUCCCCGGGGACGCCUGCCCCGGCAUCGCCCUCGCCUCCGCUCUGGACAACCACCGCGGGCUCCGCCGCAGCCUCAACGAGCGCAUCUCCCUCUACCUGGCCCACGCCCGGGCCGGUCCCACCGCCUCCGAGGGCCAGCCCCGCAGCCCCAGCCCCGGCGAGCAUGGGGGCACCGACGAUGAGCGGCUGAACCGCAGCUCCCUGGCUCGCUCCAUCAAGAAGAUCACGCUGUCCAACUGGCAUGGGGACACCGGCGCGGGGGACACAGCGGGACCCGGGGACCCUAAGCGGGACGGCGGCGAGAGGAACCACAACAACAACAACAGCAGGCCAGGGAAAGCUCAGUUCAAGGUCUUCCUCAGGAAGGAUGUGGAUGCAGAGGACGAGCAGCAGGAGGCUGGGAGCCUCCGGGCUGGUGGUUUCUGCUCGCCGGUGGACAGAGGUUCCCCCUUCUAUGCGCUGGCAGCAUCCCCGGCAUCAUCACCCCAGAAAGAGAGCCCCAAGGGUAAGGAACCCGCUGCAGCACUGAGAGGCGAUGGGCGAAGCGGCACGGGAGCACCCCUCCUCCUCGACCCAAGCCCUCUGGUAGCCCAGUUCAACUGGGAGAUGCUGCAGGCAGAGGGCUGGGUGCGAGGCAAGCUGCGGGACCUGAAGGACGGCUGUGACCUCCAGGACUGGGAGGAGGUGGCUCAGACGCUGCAGCGGGACAUGAAGGAUUUUGAGAACACACUGAUAAAGCUCAACCAGAUGGGUGAGCAGCUGAUGUGGCGGGCCAGCCCCAGCGCUGAGGCAGUGCGCAGGCAACUGCUGGCCCUGCGGGAGCAGUGGCAGCUCCUGAAGCAGACAGCCGCCAGCCAGAGCAAAGCCCUGGGUGGGCUGCGGAGCCUGCAGGACUUCAACAGGAAAGCCGAGCGGCUGGAGGCGUGGAUCAGGCGCAAGGAGGAGAAGCCAUCCCUGGCAGCCCUCCUGCAGGAAAGCCCAGACAAGAUCCAGCUCACCCGUCGCAUCCUUGACUUGAAGCAGGAGGAGCAGCAGUUCCAGAGCCUGCACAAGGAGCUGAACAGCCUGGCCCAGAAGCUGGAGAAACAAGGCAAAAGUGAGAGCAGGAGCAUCUCAGCCCGGCGCAAGCACCUCAACAAGACGUGGCUGCGGCUGCAAGGGACCCUGAAGGAGCACCACGAGGCUCUGCAGCUGGCCCUGGAGGUGGCUGCCUUCCUCCAGCAAGCAGAUACCCUGCUCAGGGCCAUCCACACCAAGCAAAGGAGCAUCUGCGGUGUAGGGAAGCCAGGGGAGGGAGAGCCAUGCCGGGAUCGGGAUGUCAGGGACAUAGCCAGCCAGGUGAUGAUGCUGGAUGUGACCGUGUCCCAGCUCCUCAGCCUGCAGCCCAGCCUGGCAGCCCGAGUGAACCCCAAGCACCGAGAGGUGAAGGAGAGCUGGGCACAGCUCCAGCAGGCGCUGAGGACAGAGAAGGCUCCAGUGCUAGUGAGCAGUUCCACGGUGGGAAAAGCUGUGGCUCCGAGUGCUGAGCCCCAAGCUGCAGGGAAGGAAGCAGGAGACAAAUGGACAAGAGGUCCUGGGAGCAGGGUACUAAAGGAUGUACCAGGGAAGAUGGUGGAGCACAAGAAAGGAGAGGAGAGCAGCCCUGGCUCCCCAGUGGCGACACAGCUCCCUCAUGGAGAGGACAGCAAAAGGAGGAGGAGAGAGGCAGAGGCUGAGUGGGGGACACGGCAGCCAGAGGCCCACGUGCAGGAUGUCUGCCACGUGGUGAACACACAGACUGUGUCCCCGCACAAGGACAGCGUGGGUCCCAGAGUCCGUCCGUGUCUGGUGGGGGAUGUGGAGAGCCUGGAGACAGCCCAGAUGCAGCGGGAGCCCCUCGACCCCAGCUCCAGGGCCGAGUUCCUGGAGGGGCCGGCACUGGGGAGGCCCCCGGGGAGCCCGCAGGUGGAGGCCAUGCUGCGGGAGCUGGGCGAGCUGUGGGAGGACCUGCAGAGGAAGCAUCAGGAGAACGGUGUUGUGCUGCGGGAGAUCGAUAAAGCACUGAGGCUGGUGGGGGAGCUGGACCGGGCUGAGCGGUGGCUGCAAACUGUGGCUGGGUCGCUCUCGGAGCCGGCUGCCAUGAAAAGCCCUGUGGAGCUACGCCAGGACCUGGAGGAGAUGGGCCAGCUGGAGAGGCAGCUCGUGCUGUGCGGCAUCAAGCUGCAGGCACUGCGGGAGGAGGCGGCGGGCGAGUCGCCCACCGAGCACGAGGGAGCGAGGAAGAUGCAGAGGAAGGUGGAGAUGGUGGAGGAUAAGUUGGCACGCGUGCAGGCAGCCCUGCGGCGCCGGGCAGCAGACCUGCGUGACUCCCUGGUGCUGUCUGAGUUCCUGCAGGACCUGCAAGAGGAGGAGGCACGGAGCCGGCAGGGACCUGCAGCGCCAGGAAGCGGGCAUUGCAGCUUGCAGGGGUCUUUUCCCCUGCUCUUGGCCCAGGCCGGGCAGCCACCAAGCAGCGAGGACUUGAGCCAUCCCUUGGGAGAGCUGCAGGAGGCUGUGGAGAUGCUGAACGAUGCAGCGAAAGAGCGGGAGCGAGUCAUGGAGGUGGCAGCAGAGACAGAGAACCUGGAGCGCCUGGUGGCAGAGGCGUCCCCACGACUGGAGGCCCUUCGAUGCAGAGCCGAGGCACUAGUUCGUGACAUCAUCCAAGCAGAGAGCGGCUUCACUGCAGUAAAGAGUGAGAAGGAUCUCGAGGGGCUGCAGGGCUUGCUGAGCCAGCAGCAGGAGCUGGAGUGUGCAGUGUCAGAGACCCUGCAGGGGCAGCUGGAGGAGCUGCAGAGGGCAAGUGCACACUUGGAAGAGCUGUGCCCCGCUCGGCUGUGCCCCGUCAGCCGGGAGGUGCAGGAGACGCUACGUGCCUGGGCAAGGCUGCAGGAGCUGCUGCAGGAGACCCGGGCCCAUGUGCAGCAGGCCAGCCGGCUGCGGCUCUUCUUCAAGGAUUAUUUGGCCAUGAUCUCCUGGACAGAGGACACGCGGGCUCAGAUCUUCUCUGAAAGCUCAAGUGGCCAUGGCCUCCCAGAGACUCCAUGCGAGGAGCUGGAGAGAAGGAUCGAAGGGAAGCUCAAGGAGUUCGAGGCGCUGGCAGCAUCAGGGCAGCAGCUGGUGUCUGAGGAGCACUACCUGAGCGCAAUGAUAAAGGAGCGCCUGGAGGAGCUGCAGAGCAUGCUGGGCUGGGUGCUGGUGCGCUGGCGAGCACAGAGGCAUCAGCGGGACACAGGGAGCAAGCAGGAGGACAGAAGAGACCAGGAGAGCCCCCUGGGCAUGCCCCCAGCCAGCCAAGAGCAGCAUGCCCUGUGUGCUCAGCCCCAGCUGGAGAGCAUCCACAGCCCAGUGGAGUUCACACCCUGCUCCGUCCUUGAGCCUGUGCAAAGAUCAGAGCCACGGCUGCCAGGGGGAAUGGCCAUCUCCCCUCCGGCAUUGCCCAGCUCAGAUGACCCAUCAGCAGUGGAGCAGAACCAGAGGGAGCCCAGCAGCUCAACACCCCACAGUGCAGGACCCCCCGAGGAGGCUGUCAUCUGGGAUCCUGCUGAGACCUCCACACUGCUGCUGCCGCCGCGGGGCUCCGGUGGGCUGGGGGGGACGGUCAACCUCAUCCUCAGCAUCAGCAAGAAGGGCGAGAAGAAGAAGGCGCAGCCGGUGCCUGGCAGCGAGCAGCUGGGGGAGGAGGCGCUGCGGACGGCACAGCCGGAGGCUGGGAAAACCUCCAGUGCAAAGCGGCAGCUCGCUAUCGCCCGACGGCCUCCAGCAUCCAGCGCUGGGACACCAGCCAUCUCUCACACCCUGCCCAAGGCUGGGGCCGGUUCCCUCUUCAACAGCCUGCAGCGGCGGGAGCAGGCGAGGGCCGAGCAGGCCCGGCUGCUGACCCUGCAGGGCAUCAUGGGUGACAGCUCCCUGCAGCCCGCACCCGAGGAGCGGCACGGCCCCAGCAGCACAUGGCCUCAGAAGUGCAGCCGGAGGAAGGGGGGCCCGGGGGCAGCCGCUGCUGGACCCCAGCUUGGGGAGCUGCUGCUCUAUGUCAGGAACCCGCUGGUGCGGGACAUUGAUGCGGAGUGCGGGGUGGCCCCCCAGGACACCCACGUCCCAAAUCAAAACACCACAUGCCCCCACCUUUCCCUGGGCUCUGUGCUCAGCCUGGAGCUGCCCCGGGACCCAGCGGUCUUGGGGUGCCACCAAGGGGCCACGGUGCGGCGGGAGGAAGUGGAGGGGCAAGAGCAGAGGCAGGUCAGGGUGGUGAGGUCACAGGAGCCCACAGGCACCCAUGGGGCUGUAUGGCAGAAGAAGGCAGAUGUGCAUGGGCACAGUCCCCAGGGGCCUGGCGAGGGGCUGGGGACAUCCCCUAAGAGCGAGCGAGGAACAUGGUUCGAGGAGGUGAGCUUCAACCCCAGCUACAGCCAGCAAAGGGCACACGGUGCUGGGGAGGAGCGCUGGAGCUCAAGGCGCCCUGGCAGCGCUGGUGAAGACCCCCUGGACUUCAGGCCGAGCCAGCCGCCCCUCAUCGGCCUGCUGCACAAGCAGGUCGGAUGGGAGAGGGAUGAGCUGUCUGCCCAGCUGAGCCGGGACGGCAGCCCCGGUGCCACCGGCAGGGCCAGGCAUCGCGAAGCCGCUUGGCUGGAGCUCGGGCCAUCCCCUGCUGGCACACCAGGCAGGGCAGGAGCCGUGCCUAGCCCUGCCCGCACACAGCGGCCAGCUGGCAGUGGCCAGCCCAGAGUGUCCCCAGCGUCCCCCGUUGCCCCCACCCAGCUCUCCGUCUUGGAAUGGGCGCUGGGGGCCCCUCAGCCCCACAGCCCCGCGUUGGGCACCAGAGAGGUUUGCCACCCUGCCCAUGGGCAGUUUGAGGAAGAGGAGGAGGAGCUGCAGGCCAUCUGGGAUGGGGCGGAUGAGCGGCAGGCACCCAGCCUACCGGCAGGCAGCCGUGCCCACCACCGACCAGGGAGCAGGGCAGGCAGCGUGCCCAGCGCCGACGCCACUGCCGGCAGGCCCCUCAUCCUCUCGUCCGCCAGCAAUGUACUAGUGGCUAAGUUCACUCUUCCCACCGCUGCCCGGCUCCUCCAUAGCCCUUCGGGAGAGAAGAGCCCCAGCACAGGGCACAGCAGCAGUGGCAGCCCCAGCAGGCACGGAGCGUCCCCCUGCACAGAGGAGCUGGUGUCCACAGCCCCCUUGGAUGGCCCCAGCGCCUGGGAUCGGCAGAGAUGUGGGGAAGAGGAGAGAGAGGGCAGCAAGGUCCCGCCUGGUAAAACAGAGUUUCAAAUGAUGGAGGGGACACUGGAAAGGAAGCAUGUGUUGCAGACAGGAGGGAGGAAGGCCAGCUGCCGGGCCUGGAGCCUCUUCCAUGCCGUGCUGAUGAGGCAGACGCUGUGCUUCUAUCAGGACCGCAGGGACAGCCUCAAGAGCUCCGUGGUGGCCCUUCCCCUGAACCUCGCCGGGGCAGUCUGCACCCCGGAUGCUGAGUACACGAAGAAGACCAACUGCUUCAGGCUUCAGCUGCAGGAUGGCUCUGAGUACCUACUGAGGGCCCCCUCCCAGCCCCUCAUGAACGAAUGGGUCUCCAAGCUGCAGCAAAACUCAGGUUUCCCCGAAGUGGAUUACUUCCAGGUGGCAGCACAGCAUGUCGAGGGCACUGGCAGUGCUGGGGGUUUCAGCAAGGUCCCCAGCCCUGGGAGCUCCCACCUCCAGGGACAGCAUCAGGUCACAACCACCAAGAGCCAGGAGAUCGUGGUGGUACCCCGCUCCAACGCCUGGCUGCAGCGGGCUCUGGGCAGCCAGGAUGGCCCAUCCAAUGGGGCUGUGGCAGCAACAGAGGAUGCUCAUGUGUCCAGGCACAGAGAGCAGCAGUGGUCACUCAGAGGGUCCCCGGGGCUGUGGGACAACAGCUGCCAAGACGACGACUACGGGCUGGUGGCCAACAAGAGGAGGUCCUACUCCUUCACCUCAGCCACCUACCAGAAGAUCACUCCAGUGGCUGUGCCCAAGGAGCCCGUGGAGGCCGGGAGCAGCUACUCGGUCACGCUGUACAUCGGGGAGCAAGCGCCAGCCAUGCCCCGGCCACGCUGCCACUCCUUCGUGGCCCGGCCAGGCACCCCACAGGACACGCUGGGGGAGAAGACUCCCGGUCCCCCUCGCCCCAAGAACAAAUCUGUCUUCAAGAAGUUCUUUGGGAAGAAGGAGUGAGCCCCAGCCGAGGGCAAGAAAAGCCCUAGCCUGCCUUUUAUCCUCUUGGGUGCCAUCACGGCAUGGUCUCUGCUCCCAGCACCAGCUCACCGCCUCCCCGGGGGAGAGAGGCUGCAGGGAGCGGCUCCGCUCCAGCCGCCGCAGCUCCGGCCUCAGCCCGGCACUGAGCACCCCUCCUGCCGGGUGCUCUGCUGGGUGCGCUGGCUCCCCAGGCAUCCUGCCGACACGCAGCACAAGCAGGGGUCGGGGGGUGUUGUUUUUAUUAAAAAAUAAACAGACACAUUGUCUGCAA